AUGCAUCAUUGCUCACCAAAUGCUCAAUCACACUGAAAUUAUCCCACUGAAACUAUCAGACAACAGAGGCUAAGUUGAAGUACAAGCCCAUCAUACAACAAUCAUGGAAGUAGGCAUAUUGGAUUUUUUACUUCUUAUGAUAGGAAUUGGAGCCGAUGCAGCCGCUAUCUGCCCCUCUGAUUGGCAUCGAUAUGGCCAGGCGUGCUACUUUGUGAUCAAAGAGCAGAUGAAUUGGCACGAUGCAAGAGGCAUCUGUGCUGCUUUUCAAGCAAGCCUUGUAGUUCCUAACUCAUCAGAAGAACAGGCUUUUCUGUGGGGACUACUCCUCUGGGAGUUUUAUCCCAAUGGCCCAGUGAAUGGAGCUUGGAUUGGUUGUGAUGACAUCCAACAGGAGGGUGUGUGGCAGCACUGCCCUCUGAGAGGUGAUGGAACAAAUGCCUACCAGAAUUGGGAUGAAACAAAGCCUGAUAAUAGGUGCCCGGGAGCUGAUUGUGCAUUGGUUGGUGAUUGGAAUGAUGGCAAGUGGGAUAAUCAGCUUUGUACUCUUUCAAGAUAUGCAACCUGUGAGCUCCCCGUCAUCAACUAUCACCCGCUGUUCUGCCUUCAGAUUGGCUCAGAUGGUCACAUCGUCUCACAGUGCCUCACUGGUCAUGUUAUGAUGGAAAUACAGGCUCAGGGGAUGGUGUCUUGUGGCAAGGCCUGCCUCUCCCAUCCCAAAUGCAACUCCUUCAAUCUGCUGGACCAAGGCCAGGGCAGGAUGGUGUGCCAGCUGAAUAACAUUACUCUCCAGAAUGCAGCCGCUCAAGAUGUGAAGCAAGUCGAGAACUGCUACAGUGUCGAUCUGUAAACUGAGCCAGGCAACUUUAAUGACAUUUCACAGAGGAACAGAUGCCCAUGCAAAGAUACAUGUAUGUUCCUACCAUCCUGUUGCUUACUGUGCAAUUAUCCUCAUUUUUACUAUGUCUGACUGGCUGAAAUUAUCUCACAAACUUUAUUUUUGAGAAUCAAAAUAUGCAUCCAGGAGGACAUUUUAGUGACACCACGGACAGAGGUUUGAAGAAUUAUGCCAAAUUCUGCUACAAAAAACUGUGGGAGUUCUGAGAAAAACUUUCACUGGCU